UUAAAACAAAUGGUCUCAACAUCCUCCUCUUCCUCUCAAUUUCAAAAUCCUACAAGAGGAAGAAGAAGUACAUAGUGUUGUUUGUUCUUUCUCUCUUCUUGUCUUGUAGUUCUUUGUAGGCUUCGUCUUAUUACAAUGGCAAGCUCCGGUUUCAAGAAUUGGAGUUUGAAUCCGAUGUUUUCUUUGAGAUAAUGGGUUUUUUUUCUUUGACGCAAAUCUAUUCAUUCAUUAAAUAAAUUGGAAGUGGGGGGUUGUCUCUGAAUAAUCUAAGAGGAAAGAUGGAGGAAGAAGAAGAAGAGGUGAUGGUGAAGGAAGGACUAAUGGCAUCCCAAAGAGAGAUUUUCAGCAUUUCUGGUCCCAUCCAUCUUACCUCCAUUGAUUGGAACAACGCGUAUCACAGAACAUCGGUUGCGGCGUGCCUAGUACAAGGAGUGUACAUACUAGAACGCGACCGCCAACAAAACCGCGUCGGGAUCAAAUCGCAGGCAGCGUCUUGGUGGGAAUCCUUCCACUUCUCUCUCUCCGAAACGCUGAUCGACGACUCCGACCACUCCAUAUACGGCGCCGUUUUUGCCUACAAACCCCAUUACAGUUACCAUCAUACCCUUCACGGCUACAAGCUCCCACCACGUCACGUGAUCGCAUUCCGCGGCACAAUCAUGAAAGCGCACUCCCGGUCACGUGACCUGCGCCUCGACAUCCGCUGCGUCCGCGACAGCCUUCACGACAGUACGAGGUUCCUCCACGCCAUGGAUGUUGUCCAGACCACGGUCGCCAAUAAUGGUGGCGUCUCCGCCGUGUGGCUCGCAGGACACUCUCUCGGCGCCGCGGUGGCUCUGCUCGCCGGGAAAACCAUGACGAGGAAUGGUUUUCCGCUGGAGACUUACCUCUUCAACCCGCCGUUUUCGUCGGUUCCCAUAGAGAGAAUCGUGAAGAACGAGAAGCUGAAACACGGAAUUCGAUUCGCCGGAAGUCUCGUGAAAGCCGGAGUCGCUAUGGCCGUCAAGGGUCGCCACCACAAGGGACAGGAAGACGGUCCAUUUGAGAAAUUGGCGUCAUGGAUACCAUACCUCUACGUGAACUCAGAAGAUCCGAUAUGUUCAGAAUACGUAGGAUAUUUCGAACACAGGAAGAAAAUGUUUGAGAUAGGGGCAGGAAAAAUAGAGAGAAUAGCGACCAAGAAUUCUCUAAGAAAUCUUCUGUCGGGAGGAGGAACAUCGUCGUCGUCGUCAGAGCCUCUCCAUCUUCUGCCAUCGGCCUAUCUCACUAUCAAUACGAACAGAUCCCCAGAUUUCAGAAGAGCUCAUGGGAUUCAUCAGUGGUGGGAUCCUUGUUUCUCCGGUCGCUAUGUUUUGCACCAGUUUCCUUCAUAACGCACCAUCACUCACUAUACACACACACACUCUCACAUGGAGAUUCAUCGUUCUUUGUUGUUUUUGUUUCGAAUAUUCGAGAGUCCAAACCUUGUUCAGAUUUUGAAGGAGUCGCAAAAGAUUUCAAUGUUUGUUAAUGACAUAUCCAAACUUGGGUGGGCUCAUGAUAAUAAAACAUAUAACUUAUAACU